GUAUUUGAGGAGUGUUUCAGCAGAAAUUCCUGUUUGCUUCUGUUUUAAUGAAGUGAGUUCUGCUCACGGUGACAGAGAAUUCUGCUGGAACUCAGUUUUAGUUCAAACGUUCUGUCCGUUGUAAAGAAUGUGGGUCCAAGAUGAAGAUGCUUCAGAGUCUGAUGAAAGAAGUGAUUCAUCCUCUGAUGAUGAAGGAGACAUUCAGUAUGAGAUCCUGGAAAAACAGAGGGAUGAGACCAAUCAGAGGCUGUCGGAGUUGGAGGAAGUCUCCAAUCAGAUCCUGAAAGAGAUGAACAUCCUGGAGCUUCAGUUCCAGAUCGAGAGGUCAUGCAGGGAGAGUGCCGAGGCUCUGGCUCUGGAGGUGUGUAAAGAAAACAAAGUCCUGAAGAGACAGAGUCAGAUGCUGAUGCCGGGCAUCUGUGAAACCCAGGAGGAUGUCACCUUUGACCCAGACCUUGACCCAGUAGUCGAAGGUGAUGUGGUGGAUCAGGGAGAGGACAAAGGGGAUGAGGAGACGCUGCCCCUACUGGAGAACCAGGCCAAGAUCGCAGGGAGUGUCCAUGUGUCAGAGCUGCAGGCCACAGUGGACGGACUGCUGACAGAGAAGAUGCAGCUGGAGCAGGAACGAGAAGAUCUGACCAAUCAGCUGGGUCAACUCAGAGAGCAGCUGGCUCUGGAGGUUGAAGAGAAGGAGGCCUUACUGAGGAAAAUGAACAAACAGAACAAAAGCAUGAAUAAAAUCAAACGAGUGUCCCAGCUGGUCACAGAGGAGUUUGAAGAAAUGUCUCAGAGACUGGAGUUGGAGGAAGGACUCCGUCAAGAAGCUGAAGUCCUGGCCCAGCAGAUGAUGGAGCAGCAGAAGGCGGCUCACGUGAACAGUGUGACACUGAGACAGAGCUCGGAAACGGAGCUGCAGCUGCAGCAGGCGCUGGAGCAAAUAUCCAACAUCAGCGCAGCUCUGAGGAACAUUCAGCGUUUCUACCAGGAGCGGGGCUGUGGAUGUGGUGAGCAGGUGAAACAGAGUCAGGAUGCUGAGAGUAACAUCUCUGAGCUGCAGACUCUGACGGAGCAAUUGGAGAAGAGCCAGGUGGAGAGAAAGGCCCUGGAAUCUGAGCUGACGGAGGUCAACUGUAGGGUUGUGCAGCUGGAGGAGGAAGUAAGACAGUUGUUGGAGAGAUUAAACAACAAGCAUUCCUCAGAUGAAGCAUUGGAGAAAUCCCCAGCUCCUCUACUUCCUCCUCCUCCUCCUCCUCCUCCACCUCCUGCUCCCCCUUUACCACUUACAACUUCAUCUCCUGUCACCAAUUCACUGGAUUUUCUGAGACAAAGGAGGAAAGAUGGAGCCAGAAAACGUGACUUAAAGAAUGUGGACCUGAAGGCCAACGCUGUGGAGGAGAUGAUGGAGAGAAUAAAAAAAGGAAUUGUCCUGAGGCCCGUCAAGAACUCAGAGGAGGAUGACAGCUCAUGGAAGGACCAAAGAAGUGAAAACAGGAAAUCCAAGGUCCAAGAGUUGAGAGGAAUGCUGGACAACAUGAAACGUCAGCACUUCCGCAGAGUCCCCUCCAGGAGGGGUGUCGGCCGAAAUGUAGGGGAGACCGAGCUCCUGCUGGUGCUGCAGAGGAGGAGGAGAGUGGUGGCCGGGAACCUGGAGCCAAACAUCUCCACCCAAAUUCAAGACUCCCAGACAGACGGGCAUUGUGCCCCAGCAGUGGGAGACGUCCCCUGGGCAGACGAGUGUGGCAGUGCCCCGGUGCUCCGGAGGCUGAAACAGAACAGGGAGAAGAGAGACUCUCGCAUCAGAUCGUCAGCGCUGAUUGUGUCUCAGGAAGGCUUAUAGUGGACCAGUGCAGAUUUAAAAUGCAGAGAAGUAUCAUGACAAUGCAGUCAAUAAACAUCAAUCUGCUUUCCUGGUCAUUGACGGAGUGUUUAAUAAAGAUUUACAUAUUAUCAGAAAGAAAA